CGGACCCCCCCAGGAUGGCGGCGAAGGCCCCCACCCCCAUCGAAGCCGAGCUGUACUACCUGAUCGCCCGGUUCCUGCAGUCCGGACCCUGCAGCAGAUCGGCCCAGGUGCUGGUGGAGGAACUGGAGGAGCACCAGCUGAUCCCGCGGCGCCUGGACUGGGAGGGCAAGGAGCACCGCCGCACCUUCCACGACCUGGUGGCGGCCAACGCCCACAUCCCCCCGAACUACCUCCUGAAGAUCUGCGAGCGGGUCGGCCCGCUGCUGGAGAGGGAGAUCCCGCAGAGCGUGCCCGGGAUCCAGACGCUGCUGGGCGGGGGCCGCCAGUCCCUGCUGCGGGCGGCGAAAGACUGUCGCCACACGCCGUGGAAUGGCUCGGCCUUCGCCGCCCUGCGCCGGGGAAGACCUCCGGAGCUGCCCGCCAACUACGUGAAGCCUCCAAACGUGGUGAACAUCACCUCGGCCCGACAGCUGACCGGGUGCGGCCGUUUCAGCCACAUGCUCCCCACGUCUGCCUACCAGCACAUGAAGAUGCACAAGAGGAUUCUGGGCCACCUGUCAUCCGUCUACUGCGUGGCGUUCGACCGCAGCGGGCGGCGGGUCUUUACUGGCUCCGACGACUGCCUAGUCAAGAUCUGGGCCACGGACGACGGGCGCCUGCUGUCCACGCUGCGGGGCCACUCGGCCGAGAUCUCGGACCUGGCGGUCAGCUACGAGAACACGCUCCUCGCCGCGGGCAGCUGCGACAAGGUGGUCAGGGUGUGGUGUCUCCGGACCUGUGCGCCGGUGGCGGUGCUGCAGGGCCACGCCGCCUCCAUCACCUCCAUCCAGUUUUGCCCAGCGAGGAAAGGCACGACGCGGUACCUCACCUCCACUGGUGCCGACGGAACCAUCUGCUUCUGGCAGUGGCACGCCAGCACCAUGAAGUUCAAAGACCGGCCCGUGAAGUUUGCCGAGAGAUCCAGGCCCGGCGUUCAGAUCUCCUGCUCAUCGUUUAGUUCCGGAGGCAUGUUCAUCGCGACGGGUAGCACUGACCACGUGAUCCGAGUCUAUUACUUGGGCUCAGAGGCCCCAGAGAAGAUCGCUGAGUUAGAGUCGCACACGGACAAAGUGGUCGCGGUCCAAUUUUGUAACAACGGAGACAGCCUGCGCUUCGUGAGCGGCAGCCGCGACGGGACAGCCCGGAUCUGGCAAUACCAGCAGCAGGAGUGGAGAGGCACGGUGCUCGACAUGGCCACCAAGAUGACGGGGAGCAGCGGGCCGGCCGGGGAGGACAAAGUGACCAAGCUGAAGGUGACCAUGGUGGCGUGGGAUCGCUGCGACGUGACGGUCAUCACCGCUGUCAACAAUUUCCUGCUGAAGGUGUGGCACUCCAGCUCGGGGCAGCUCCUGCACACGCUGUCGGGCCAUGACGACGAGGUGUUCGUCUUGGAAGCGCAUCCCUUCGACCCCAGGAUCCUCCUCUCGGCCGGCCACGACGGGAACAUCUUCGUCUGGGACCUGGACAAGGGAACCAAGAUCCGCAAUUACUUUAACAUGAUCGAGGGCCAAGGCCACGGGGCCGUGUUCGACUGUAAGUUCUCUCCGGACGGACAGCAUUUCGCCUGCACGGAUUCUCACGGACACCUGCUGCUCUUCGGUUUUGGGUGCAGUCAGUACUACGAGAAGAUUCCAGACCAGAUGUUCUUCCACACCGACUACCGGCCCCUGAUCCGGGACAGCAACAACUACGUGCUGGACGAGCAGACCCAGCAGGCGCCCCACCUUAUGCCCCCGCCGUUCCUGGUAGACGUGGACGGGAACCCCCACCCCCCGCGCUUCCAGCGGCUCGUGCCCGGCCGCGAGAACUGCAAGGAGGAGCAGCUGAUCCCCCAGCUGGGAUACGUGGCAAAUGGGAACGGGGAGGUGGUGGAGCAGGUGAUCGGUCAGCAGACGAGUGAGCGGGAGGAGAGCAUCCUGGAUGGAAUAAUCAGGGAGCUGCAGAGAGAGCAGGACCUCCGACUGAUUCACGGAGGGGAGACCCUUCCGAACCCUCCCCCCGGCCCACCCCGACCGGGCUCUGUCAGCAGCGCCCCGCGCGGUCCCACUGGGCCGGACGUGGCAUCGCCCCCGAACGUGGGCCUCCGGCGCAGCGGCCAGAUCGAGGGCGUCCGGCAGAUGCACCACAACGCACCGCGCAGCCAGAUCGCCACCGAGAGGGACCUCGUGGCUUGGAGCCGACGGGUGGUGGUCAAUGAGCUGAACCCGGGGGUCAGCCGGGUCCAGGAGGAGCGCCGGGCCGCCAAGGGGGACGUAGAAGUGAGUCUGUACACCGUCGAGAAGAAGAGGAAACCCUGUCACGUCACCCAGAGGAGCGAGUACCAGCCUGGCAGCGGGCGCUCCCUACGUAGAACCCAGCGCAAGCGCCAGCACACGUACCAGACCCGCUCCACCAUCGAGCACAGCCAGCAGGCAGCCGGCCAGAGCCCCGGCGCUCAGGACGACUCGGACAGCUCCUCGGAGGAAGACCAGACGGUGGGCACCAGCGACGUGUCGGUCGAUGAAGCCGUGGCCGAGUGGCAGAGCGACAGCUCCUCCAGUGACUCGUCGAGCGAAUAUUCCGACUGGACCGCGGACGCGGGCAUUAACCUGCAGCCCCCCAAGAGGCAGACCCGACAGGCGGCCCGCAAGAUCUGCAGCAGCUCCGAGGACGAGAACGGGAAGGAGCCCAGGUCGCCAGAAGAGAAGCGGAAGAGGCCCAAGGCCACUCGGAGAAAGAAGCCGGGCGGGCUGCUCGCUGCCGAAGGGGAGGGGGCCCCCCGCGAGGACUGGUUUGCCCCCCAAUGGAUCCUGGACACCAUCCCUCGCCGUUCCCCCUUUGUCCCGCAGAUGGGUGAUGAGCUCAUCUAUUUCAGGCAAGGCCACGAAGCUUACGUGCGGGCCGUCAGGAAGGCCAAGAUCUACAGUGUGAACCUGCAGAAGCAGCCGUGGAACAAAAUGGAUCUCAGGGAACAAGAGUUGGUGAAGACUGUGGGCAUCAAAUACGAGGUGGGGCCGCCCACUCUCUGCUGCCUGAAAUUGGCCUUCCUCGAGCCCACCUCAGGCAAGAUGACCGGAGAGGCCUUCUCAAUCAAGUACCACGAUAUGCCAGACGUCAUCGACUUCCUCGUGCUGCAUCAGUUCUAUAACGAGGCCAAAGAACGGAACUGGCAGAUUGGGGAUCGGUUUCGCAGUAUAAUAGAUGAUGCCUGGUGGUUCGGGACCGUGGAGAGUCAGCAACCUUUCCAGCCGGAGUAUCCUGACAGCUCCUUCCAGUGCUACAGCGUGCACUGGGACAACAACGAGAGAGAGAAGAUGAGCCCAUGGGACAUGGAGCCGAUUCCAGAAGGAACGGCCUUUCCCGAGGAAGUGGGGGCCAGCGUCCCGGUGUCUCCAGAGGAGCUGAAGGCCCUGCUGUACCAACCGCAGGAGGGGGAGUGGGGUGCCCGCUCCCGAGAUGAGGAGUGCCAGCGCGUCAUCCAGGGCAUCAGUCACCUGCUGACCCUGGAUUUUGCCAUCCCCUUCGCUGUCCCCGUGGACCUGAGCGCUUACCCGCUGUAUUGCACUGUCGUCGCAUACCCCACCGACCUCAACACCAUCAGGAGGAGACUGGAAAACCGCUUUUAUCGGAGGAUCUCCGCGCUGAUGUGGGAGGUGCGCUACAUUGAGCACAACGCCCGGACCUUCAACGAGCCCAACAGCCCGAUCGUCAAAGCCGCCAAAAUCGUCACCGACGUCCUGCUCCGCUUCAUCGGGGACCAGAGCUGUUCGGACAUCCUGGACACGUACAACAAGGUGAAGGCCGAAGGCUUGAGCAGCACCGAUGAGGAGGAGGAGGCAGAAGUGGUCGACGUGGAUUCGGACGGCCCCGGGACAUCAUCUGGAAGGAGAGUGAAGCGGGGCCGGCCGGCAGCGGCCUGGCAGAGGCAAUGCCAGGAGCUUCUGAGCCUCAUCUACGAGCGGGAAGAUUCAGAGCCGUUCCGGCAGCCGCCCGGGGACCGCUUCUCCCAGCCCGGCCAGCCCCCACCCGAAGGACGGCCUCCGGAACCCCCCGAUGAGGGCAACCCGCAAGAGACGCCUCUUCCCUCUGUGGUAGGCCUGGCUGUCCCCAUCUCAGCGACGCACGCUUGGGUUGUGUUCUGUGCUCCAGUGCCUCUGGACACGCACGUGGUCCCGCUCCUUUCCACACCCUGCGGGCCCAGGGAGCAUCGGGCUCUGCCCUGCCCCACGGACGAGAAGGGCUGUCGGCUCGACAGACGGAUCUGCUUCCGGGGUGGCAUGGCCAGGGAAGGCGGUGUCGGCGGUGGCUCGGGAGCCCUCGGCCCCGGCUCUCCGUUUCCCAACGCCACGCUACUAAGGAUGGAAAAUGCGGACCUGGACUCUCGCUGCCCACCGUGGUUGGGACUGGUCCAGCGCCCGCCUCCUGCCCGGUGCCUCUGCCAGCCGCCCACGCCACCGGCCGCCCCCGGCCCCGAUGUGGGAAGUGGCCUGAGUCACCGGAGUCAGUUGGCCGAGGUGGAGUGCAGGGGCAGCGGGGAGGCCCUGCGGCCCAUCGCGGGUGCCCAGCCGACUGCCUGGAAGAUGGGGUCCCCGGGGACGGUCGAUCGCACGUCCCCACCGCCGGCGCUGCGGGGGCUGACACCCCUGCACCCGGUAUCGUCACAGAGAGAAGGGUCUGCCCCCACCGCCAGUCUGGGACGUGGCGACCGACGCGCCCCUCCAGCCUGCUCUGCCCGGGGUCCAAGGGGACCCAGGCCGCAUGUGCUUGGCAUUGGGCGCUGCCCGGUGGUUGUCGGGGGGCCCACAUCUGGGUGGCCUUCAGGUGACGAUCCCGGGCUGUGUCGGCAGGACCCUCAGGACCACCAAGCCGUCGCCACACCCAUGGACUUCAGCACCGUGAAGCAGACACUGGAGGCGGGGAGAUACGCCAGCCCCCUGGAGUUCUACAAGGACAUCCGCCUCAUCUUCACCAACUCCAAGGCCUACACCCCAAACAAGAGGUCCAGGAUCUACAGCAUGACCCUGCGGCUGUCGGCCCUGUUUGAAAACCACAUCAAAAGCAUCAUCUCCGAGUACAAGUCGGCUCCGCGGGGCCGGGGGCGGAGGAGGCCGCGCUACCGCAAGCGCCUGCGCAGCAGCAGCAGCAGCAGCGGCGAUGGUGGAGGGGACGGCGGGGACGGCAGCGAUGGCAGCUCCCCGGCCAGCAGUCGAGCAUCCAGCCCGAAGGCAAAGCAGAGGUUCACCAAGGGGCCGCCCAGAACCACCCAGAAUGCCCCGCUGCCCUUGACCAGGACCAGCUCUUCCGUCUCCUCUCAUGUUUCAGACAUCGCAGAAGAGCCCCCCGAGCGCAGCGGGGUCCAGGAGAUGGACGUCCCGGCGGCGACGAGCUGGGCCGGCACCGAUCCGGGGAGAGGGAGAAGCCCCCGGGGCAAAGUCACCCCCGUUAAACAAGCCGAGUCCCCCAACGGGCCGCCGAGCAGCGGGGACGGCGGUGGCAGUGGCAGCAGCGGAGGCAGAGAGGCUCGGGCCGGAGUCAAGAGGAAACUGCUCUCGGGGUCCGAGGAGGAGGAGGAGAGCUGCAGGGACGAGGAGGGGGAUGAGGACGAUGACGGGGAGGGUGACGACGAGGAGGAGGAGGAGGACAGGGAGAAGAAGGAAGCCAGAGAGAAGCCUCACCCGCUUUCAUCGGACAGCGGCGAGUCGGCAUCCAGCUCCGACUCGGACUGCACAUCCCGGACGGACCGGGACUUUGUGGAUGGGGACCACGACUACAGCAAAGCGGCCCCUUCCAGGGCCCGGAGGAAGUUCCGCCCGGACCCGGCCGACGGCAGGAGACCCUGGAAGACGAGAGGAGCCGCUGGACGGGGCCGCUGGGGCCGCUGGGGCCGCCGCGGCCGGGGGGGGCGGGGAGGCGGGGGCCGGGGCCGGGGCGGCCGCGGACGGGGCGGCCGCGGACGGGGCAGCCGCGGACGGGGAGGCCGGGGGGCCGCCCGAGCCAAGCGGGCCCGCCUGACCCCGGAUGAGGAGCCGGAGGGCCCGUGGGCCGGUUGCGGCGGCCGGCCCCCCGGCAUCAGGACGCGGAACCAAGGCCGCAGGACGGUGCUGUACCACGACGACUCGGACAACGACAGCUUCCUGCCCGUCUUCGACCCGCUCAACCUGGGCACCUCGCGCUCGGGCCGCGUGCGCAAGAUGACCGAGAAAGCCAGGGUCAGCCACCUCAUGGGCUGGAACUGCUGACCCCGGGGGGCCGCC